UUCAGGAUAAUGUGGCGAGCAUUGCUGGUUUGUGUGACUACUCUGAUUGUACACGCUGAGGCUCAGACAGGCUCUGAUAUAUGCAGAUACCACUCUACCUUUAGACAAGCAGCUGACUGGGACCUCACAGUAAUAUGUGGAACUGAUAGAAUCCAUUUGAGCAUCCUGCUGUGUCCAGUUUACUAUGCUGGCUACAAUGAAUCUCUUAUAGCCCUCAAUGGAAAAUUUAACAUUCCAGCCUGCCAUGGAAUUGUUGACUUAAAAGCCCCUACACCUGUGCUUAAUUUUUCAAUCUCUGCAGAGGAAAUAUCCCUCUGUGACAAUUCUGUUGAGCUUACAGAUGAAGUGGGAACAGAGCAAUUCUCUGACUCUAGAGUUCGGUUUGCCAAUAUUUCCGGAAGGAUACUUUCUGGGGAACCAGUUAGUGGCCACGAUAAGCCUAUUUACAAAUUUUCCUGUCGCUACCUGCUGCAGUAUUUAGUCAAUGACAUGAAAGUAAAUGUGUCAGGCAUGAACCCAGCUGCCCGAGAGAACAGAGGAAGUUUUAUCAGGGCACUCCAUAUAAAUCUUUUCACUAAUCGACAAUAUACACAACCUCUAAGCAUACCUGAAAAGGGGCUACAACUGAAAACUCGGAUUUAUGUCCAGGUCAAGGCAACAAAUCUCACUAACAGGUUGAAUGUCCUGCUUGAUCGCUGCUUUACAACAACAAGCCCUUAUCCAACAAAUACAACUUAUUAUGAUCUUUUUGUUGGGUGCAGACGUGAUGGACAGACAGUAGUGUACCUAAAUGGGGUAUCCCAAGAAGCACGCUUUUCCUUUGAGGCCUACUUUGUGGCACGUGAGAACAAAACAUUCUCCACAUUCUACCUGCACUGUGUCACCCGACUCUGUGAGAAUUCCACCUGUCCCUCCAUGCUACCGAACUGUAUAAAGAGAAGGGCACUCCAGCUGACUCAGUAUUCAAGCAAUGUGGAAACUAUUACUUCAGGCCCAAUCAAAACAAGAAAUGACAAUGCUGCCUCAACGUACUCUGAAUAUAAAGACUGUGUGACAGGGGUUGCCAUACUCACAUGCUUGUUAAGUGUCUGCUGUACAGGACUGGUGGUGCAGAUUUUGAUCUACAGUAGGAACACAUGUUUUUGACAUG